GGUCCACAGCUCCACAUAUGGUCAUAGUGUCUCCACCCACUUACACUAUGCUCCCACUGUUGUCAUCUCUCCGCCCAGUGCGUGAGUGUGGAGGUCUGGAGUGGAAGAUAACAGUGGAAACUGGGCAGGGUCUGACUGCACAUGAAAGCAGCCUGGGUGUGCGUGGAUCCUACUUUCUCUUUACACAGAUGACACGCCGUUUUCCGACGUGACGUGGGGUUUUAACUUCUCUCUGACAUUUCGGAUUCCAGUGGGCGUUGCUGUUCGGCUCCGACACCGGCGAUCUGUUCUUGCACAACUUUGGCAACUAUGUGGAUUUGUUGGAAGAGCUGAAAAGGAAUGCGCGGAUUUGGUUGCGUUUCCUCGAAACAGUGUCGUGACUCGGAUCGAUCUGCUGCGUCUCUCUGCGUAAUUUGGUGUUUUUUACGCUUGCACUCGACAGGAAACAUGCAGCAUGAUGUGGAGCUGCAGCCCUGCCUUUAACAGAGUGUUUACCUGUGUGGAAACAGAGCUAGGUUGCAGCUCGUACCCGUGCAGAGGCUCCAUGGGUGACCUCCGUGCGUAACGCUUGCGCUCCAUGGAGCACUGGUGGACACGCCGCUCUGCGCAAACCACACUUUAACGCAGUGACAGACAGUUGAAACAAGAUGAACCAAGAGCAGGACGGGAUAUCUUUACCGGUGCCUUGCUUUGGGGUUUGUCCCGGUAGAGAGAGCCUCGGAGCUGGGGAAAGCACAAGCAGCAGCAGCGGUGGAGGAGGAGGAGGAGGAGGAGGAGGUGGCGGAACUCCAGGCAUCCCCGCAGCCGGGACUUUUUGGCAGGAUUCGGUGGUCAGCAGCGGGGGGAUCAGCCCCACACCAGGGGGAUGCCCCAUAGACAGUGCAGGGUUGCUGUCCACAGGGAAGUGCAGCAAAAGCAGGCCGGUGGCGGUGGCCUAUGUGCUGAACAGCGAAGCCAACCUGCAGAACAACGCGGAGAACCUGGCCCUGCAGUGUCUGAGGGACGCGUGUGAUACGGUGGGAAGCAAACUGGAGACGGUCAACUUUGGGAAACUUGACUUUGGGGAGACCGCGGUGCUGGAUCGCUUUUACAAUGCAGACAUAGCAGUGGUGGAGAUGACAGAUGCUUUCCGCCAGCCCUCCCUCUUCUACCAUCUGGGAGUCCGGGAGAGUUUCAGCAUGGCCAACAACAUCAUUUUGUACUGCGACACUAACUCCGACUCCCUCCAGUCUCUGCAGGAGAUCAUUUGCCAGAAGAACACUACCUGCUCAGCCAACUACACCUUCAUCCCAUACAUGGUGACCCCCCACAAUAAGGUGUACUGCUGUGAAAGCAGCCUGAUGAAGGGCCUGACCGAGCUGAUGCAGCCCAGCUUCGAGAUGCUGCUGGGGCCCAUCUGCAUGCCGCUGCUGGACCGAUUCAUCCAGCUGCUGAAAGUGUCACAGGCCAACUCCCAUCAGUAUUUCCGUGAGACGAUCCUGAAUGAGAUCCGUAAAGCCCGGGAGCUGUACACUGGCAUGGAGCUGGCCAGCGAACUGAGCCGCAUCCAGCAGCGACUGGACAACGUGGAGUGCCUUUCAGAUGAUAUUGUCAUCAACCUGCUGCUGACGUACAGAGACAUUCAGGAUUAUGAGUCCAUUGUGAAGCUGGUGGAGACACUGGAGAAGCUUCCGACCUUUGACCCCGUGGCACAUCCACAUGUGAAGUUCCACUACGCGUUUGCACUGAAUCGGAGGAACCUGCCCGGUGACAGGCAGAAGGCCCUGGACAUUAUGUUGCCUUUGGUGGAGGGGGAAGAGCAGGUUGCCUCCGACAUCUACUGCCUGGUCGGACGGAUCUACAAGGACAUGUUUCUGGAGUCUCACUUCACCGAUACACAGAGCAGAGACAGCGGCACGCACUGGUUUAAAAAGGGGUUUGAGUCAGAGCCAACACUACACUCUGGUAUCAACUAUGCGGUUUUACUGCUGGCAGCUGGACACCAGUUUGACACGUCUUUCGAGCUUCGUAAAGUGGGAGUGAAGCUGAGCAGCCUGCUGGGUAAAAAAGGCAGCCUAGACAAGCUGCAGAGCUACUGGGAUGUGGGUUUCUUCCUGGGUGCCAGCAUCCUGGCCUGCGACAACACCAGGGUCAUCCAGGCCUCGGAGAAACUCUUCAAACUCAAAGCUCCCAUCUGGUAUCUGCGCUCACUGGUGGAAACCAUUUUGAUCUACCAGCAUUUUAAUAAGCCCAGUGUGGAGCAGCCGGCGCCCAAACAGGAGCUGGUUGACUUCUGGAUGGACUUUCUGGUCGAGGCCACAAAGAAAGAAAUCUCAUCUGUCAGAUUUCCUGUGCUGAUAUUAGAGCCCACUAAAGUGUACCAGCCUUCAUAUUUGUCCAUAAACAAAGACGUUGACGACAACACAGUGUCGAUUUGGCACGUCGCUCCCGAUGAUAAGAACAAAGGGAUCCAUGAGUGGAACUUCAGUGCCACGUCUGUUCGAGGUGUCAGCAUCUCCAAGUUUGAUGAGCGCAGUGCCUUCCUGUAUGUCCUUCACAAUGCUGAAGAUUUCCAGAUCUACUUCUGUACAGAAAUGCACUGUAAAAGAUUCUGUGACCUGGUUAACAGUAUAACAGAGGAGGCCUGGAAGGGUCCAGAGGAAGGAGACUGUGACGCUGACGCCCUAGAGUACGACUACGAGUAUGAUGAACACGGGGAGAGGGUGGUUCUGGGAAAAGGCACCUUUGGAGUGGUUUAUGCAGGUAGAGACCUCAGCAACCAGGUCCGACUGGCCAUUAAAGAAAUUCCAGAGAGAGACAGCAGAUAUUCUCAACCUCUCCAUGAGGAGAUCGCCCUCCACAAACACCUGAAGCACAAGAACAUCGUCCAGUACCUCGGCUCCAUCAGCGAGAACGGUUUCAUCAAGAUCUUUAUGGAGCAGGUGCCUGGAGGAAGUUUGUCUGCAUUGCUGAGGUCAAAGUGGGGCCCUCUGAAAAACAACGAACCCACCAUCGGCUUCUAUACACGGCAGAUACUGGAGGGGCUGAAAUACCUGCACGACAACCAGAUAGCACACAGAGACAUCAAGGGUGAUAAUGUUCUCAUCAACACCUACAGUGGCGUCCUGAAGAUAUCAGAUUUUGGCACAUCCAAAAGGUUGGCUGGGAUCAACCCAUGCACUGAGACAUUCACAGGUACACUCCAAUACAUGGCUCCUGAAAUCAUCGAUAAAGGCCCCCGAGGCUACGGUAAACCAGCAGAUAUCUGGUCUCUGGGCUGCACCAUCAUCGAGAUGGCAACAGGGAAACCACCUUUCUAUGAACUGGGGGAACCGCAGGCCGCCAUGUUCAAGGUGGGUAUGUUUAAGAUCCAUCCAGAGAUCCCAGAGUCCAUGUCACUAGAGGCCAAGGCCUUCAUCCUGCGCUGCUUUGAGCCCGAUCCGGACCACCGAGCCACUGCUCUGGACCUACUCACAGAUGAGUUCCUCACCGUCACCAGCCGCAAGAAGAAGAGCAAGAGUAGUAGUUUCACAGCUCUGACACCAGGAUCAGAGUACCUGCGGAGCAUCUCGCUGCCGGUGCCGGUGGUGGUGGAGGACACGAGCAGCAGCAGCGAGUACGGCUCCGUCUCCCCUGACAACGACCUCAACACCAACCCCUUCAUCUUCAAACCCAGCGUCAAGUGUUACAGCGAGAAGGAUGUGAAGGGGCCCAGGUCCCUCUUCCUCAGCAUUCCAGUGGAGAACUUUGAGGACCACAGUGCACCUCCAUCACCCGAUGAGAAAGACUCAGGCUUCUUUAUGCUUCGAAAGGACAGUGAGAGGAGAGCGACGCUGCAUCACAUCCUGACCGAGGACCGAGACAAGGUGGUGGCAAACCUGAUGGAGGCGCUCACACAGGGCUCUGAGGAAAUGAAACUGAAGCCCCAGAACAUCUCCACCCUCGUGGUCAGUCUGGCUGACUUUGUGCGCAUGGCUGACCGGAAAAUCAUCGCCAACACACUGUCUCAACUCAAACUGGAGUUGGACUUUGACAGCACUGCCAUCAGUCAGCUCCAGGUUGUACUGUUUGGCUUCCAGGAUGCUGUAAAUAAAGUGCUGCGAAACCACAACAUCAAGCCUCACUGGAUGUUCGCUCUGGAUAAUAUCAUUCGCAAAGCUGUGCAGACCGCCAUCACAAUCCUGGUGCCAGAGCUCAGGCCUCACUUCAGUCUAGCCUCAGAGAGCGACCCGGCCGACCAGGACGAUGUGGACGACGACACUGAACAGGACAGAAACUCCACACACCAGAGCCGUGUGCCUCCGGUCGCCGCUCACGACGACACCGUGGCCACGUCAGGUGUGAGCACGCUCAGUUCCACCGUCUCGCACGAGUCCCACAAUGCCCAGCGUUCUGUGAGCAUGGAGCUGGGCAGGAUGAAGCUGGAAACCAACAAGUUGUUAGAGCAGCUGUUGGAGAAGGAGCGAGAGUACCAGGCCAUCCUUCAACUAGUGCUGGAGGAGAGAGAGCAGGAGAUCAGACUACUGAGGCUGCGAUCUGAGCCCACAGACGUUCCCACAUCAUCAGGUGUUACAGAGACUCAACCUGCAGAGAGAGAUGAAGACCCCGAGCUGACACGAUGGCUGAGGCUUUACGGAGCCGACCAGGACUCCAUAGACUUGAUACUGAAUGAACAGUACACACUGAACGACAUCCUCCAUGAUGUAACCAGAGACGAUCUGAAGAGUUUAAGACUGAGAGGUGGGGUCUUGUGUAAACUCUGGAAGGCCAUCACAGACUACAGACAGAAGCCGACCUGAAGCCUUACGUGGCAACAACCACUCAAAGAAGUCAGGGCCUUAAGUCCCAACAGCUCAGUAUUCUCCUCUUUACCUCAGUAUUGAUACAAGCAAAACAACUUUUAGGGAAAAGCCUGUGUUUUCUGCAGCUUUCCAUCCUUACAGAGAAGACCUUUGUGUGUUUGGCUGAUAUAAAAACUAAAGGUCACUUUGGAGGCAUGAAUUACUGAGAAGUGCCACUGUAUUUUUCUUAUGCCUAAUGGAUGGGACAGGUUUUUGUUACAGGUGCAUUAAAUGACAAGUACGAAUAUCAAUAAAAUCCUGAGAACUGUCAAACACUUUCUCCUGUCUUUACAAGACGUAAAGUUUACAAAAAUGGGGACUGACAAGUUUUUAUAAUAAAGCCUGAGAUACAAAUUACUACAUUGAAAAAUCUAAAUUUACAUCCGUACUCAUGUUUUGUUUUGAUGCAGUCAUAUAUCACUACUUUAUUUAAAUGUGUUUUAAUUUAAUCUUUAUGGUAAUCUGAAGGACGUCAACGCAUGCCCUUUUUUCUUAUUUAAUUUUUUCGACAUUUCCUUUUUGUAAUGCAAAACUACAUUUUUAUUUUCAGAAACAUGUAAAUAAUGUGUUAUAUAAUUACAUGUGAAUGACUUUUAUGUACCUUAUGAUUGAUUAACAUAGUUAAAUCGUCUCCAAUGUGGAUUGGACAGAGUCUUUAAUGAACAUGUGAAACAAAAGUUUGUAUAGUAUUGUAUUUUCUAGUGUCAUAAAUCACAGAAGAUAAUAUUCAGUUACUAAUUAAUAUAACAUCAGAUCAUUUGCUCAGUUUUUACUGUUGUACACUGACAUUUGUGUGUUUAUCUUGCUUGUGUACUUAUGAUCAUUCAGUCAAAUCUAUGUUGUAAUGAAAAUCUGAAAUUUCACAUGAAAGAGCCUUGACUUUUUUCUCUUUUUUUUAUACCAUAAUGUCAUAAAUGAUGAAAUGAUCAUUACAAGUGUGGCUAUUUUGUUUCAUAUCUAACCUGACUCGAGAUUCUUGUGUCUUAUUGUUGAAUAAAAAUGUUCAUCUUGAAACUGUGAAA